AUGCACCGCGCCAGGCAGCCUUUGAAAAAGCGGCGCGGCUCGUUCAAGAUGGCGGAGCUCGAUCAGCUGCCUGACGAGAGUUCUUCAGCAAAAGCACUCGUGAGCUUGAAAGAGGGAAGUUUAUCCAGUUCAUGGAAUGAAAAGUAUAAUUCUCUGCAGAAAACACCUGUUUGGAAAAGCAAGAACUCUGGUUCUGCAGUAGAAAUGCCCUUCAGAAAUUCAAAACGGAGUCGGCUCUUCUCUGAAGAUGAUUAUUGGCAAAUGCACACAAGGUCACCCAAAAGAAAUCACAAAGUUGCGAUGAUUCCACAGAAAUACAAUUCAACAAUAUCAACCCCAGACAAGAAAGUGUCACAGAAGAUUGGUUUGCGGCUUCGAAAUCUGCUCAAACUUCCCAAAGCUCACAAGUGGUGCAUAUAUGAAUGGUUCUAUUCAAAUAUAGAUAAACCACUAUUCGAAGGAGAUAAUGACUUCUGUGUAUGCCUGAAAGAAUCUUUUCCAAAUCUGAAAACCAGAAAAUUGACAAGAGUAGAGUGGGGGAAAAUCAGACGCUUAAUGGGAAAACCACGGAGGUGUUCCUCUGCAUUCUUUGAGGAAGAGAGAUCAGCAUUAAAACAGAAAAGACAGAAAAUAAGACUCCUGCAGCAGCGGAAAGUUGCAGAUAUUUCCCAGUUCAAAGAUCUUCCGGAAGAAAUUCCAUUGCCGCUUGUAAUAGGAACAAAAGUUACAGCACGUUUGAGAGGUGUCCAUGAUGGGCUCUUCACUGGACAGAUAGAUGCUGUAGACACCCUUAAUGCUACAUACAGAGUGACUUUUGACAGGGCAGGACUUGGAACACACACGGUCCCAGAUUACGAAGUUCUCAGUAAUGAGCCUCAUGAAACCAUGCCAAUUGCAGCCUUUGGACAGAAACAACGACCUUCAAGGUUCUUUAUGACCCCUCCCCGAUUGCAGUAUGCACCUUCCCUCCAGUCUCCAAUUACAGACAAUGAUCCUUUAUUAGGACAAUCAUCAUGGAAAAACAAAAUUCCAGGCACAGACAGUGAAACACUAGGAGGCUUUCCAGUGGAAUUCCUCAUUCAAGUGACCAGGUUAUCGAAAAUCCUUAUGAUCAAGAAGGAACACAUCAAACAAUUGAGAGAGAUGAAUACAGAAGCAGAAAAGCUGAAAUCCUAUUCCAUGCCAAUAGGCAUUGAGUUUCAGAGGAGAUACGCAACCAUUGUUCUAGAUCUAGAACAACUAAACAAAGACUUAAAUAAAGUUCUGCAUAAAGUUCAGCAGUAUUGUUAUGAGCUUGCUCCUGACCAGGGCCUCCAGCCUGCCGACCAACCGACAGAUCUGAGGCGUAGGUGUGAAGAGGAGGCUCAGGAGAUCGUCCGGCAAGCAAAUUCCUCAACCACAGGACAGCUUUGUGUUGAGAGUGAAAAUUUAACUGAUCUUAUCUCUAGACUUACAGCAAUAUUACUGCAAAUUAAGUGUCUAGCAGAAGGAGGUGAUCUGAAUUCCUUUGAAUUUAAAUCACUAACAGAUUCAUUAAAUGACAUUAAGAAUUCAAUAGACUCCUCAAAUAUCAGUUGUUUUCAGAAUAACGUCGAGAUCCAUGUUGCACAUAUUCAGAGUGGCCUGAGCCAGAUGGGAAACUUACACGCUUUUGCAGCUAAUAACACCAACAGAGACUGAAAGUUUUCUUCCAAGUGUGUGCAGCAAGUAGUUCUGGAAAAAUCCUUCUCCUUCAUAUAGGCUUCACCAAAUAUCCUGACUGCCAGAAGACAGGGGAA